AAUUGAGCUCAGCUAGGCAGCUGAGAGAGAGGAUGGGGUGACGAAGGGAAGGUGGAGUAGGAGAAAGAUGCGAAAUAGGAAGAGCUGAGGGCUAAAGAAAAGAGGCUAAUAUUGUGAGGUCGGUGGACCCAAUCCAUCCAAAACGCCGAAUAUGGACACAUUAGAGGGGCGUGGGCUCUCACACUGCACAUUUUAACCUUUCUUCCCUUCUUUCUUCUUCUUUUCUUCCCCCCUUCUUUAGCUAACUCUACUAUUAUUAUUAAGCUCCUCUCUUCUUCUCUAUCCAAAUUCUUCUCCUCUUUCUUUUUUUUUUUUAAUCAUUUUCGGGGUGGACAAAUUUAUAAUUUUGAGGGAAAAUGAUACCUUGAUUGAUUUGCUUGUUAGCUUGUAUAUAUGCAGAGACACCAAAAUUUAUAAAUACUGUAUACUAGUAUUUUUAUUGAGGGGGAGUUUAUAAUUCAGGAAGAGCCAUGGAUGGUUUUUUGAGUUGUCUCUUGUUUUUGAUUUUCACCAAAAACCCUUUUCAUCAUCGUUUCUGUUUGUUCUUGUCUUAAGGAUUUCAAACCGGGUUAAUUUGGGUUUUGCUUUGUCGAGGUUUCAAUUCGCUAGGUGGUAUAGCUAGCUAGUUAGUACUAUAUAUCUCGGAAGAAUCGAGUCUGUAAAAUUAAGGUUUCUUUCUCUUUUUUUUUUUCUUUGGUUUUCGUUUUCGGAGAUUCCUAAGGUGUAAUUUCAGAAGAGUGACCAAUUCGGAAAUUGCAUGUCGUGCUGGUAAUUUGUUUUGCAGCUUACUAAUUUGUCGUGCUAGUACUAAUUGAAGGAUUCUCAAUCAAUCCAUAUAUGGCGGCAUCAUCAUCAUCAUCUUCAAUUUUCCUAGCAAUGAGAGAAUCAGAGAAUCUUAAUCAACAUCCUCUUCAGAUGAAAGACCAGCAUUGCUUAACCCCAUCUUCCUCCUCUGGUCCACCACCUCCUCCACCUCCUCCACCCAAUCCCAAUAAUAAUAACAAGCGCAAAAGAAACCAGCCUGGAAAUCCAAGCAAGUACCCUCUUCCCAAUUUUAACCAUUCAUUCCAUCAAUAAUAUCAGGAUUCUUUUUUUCUAAUUGUUUUUAACUUGUUUUUUUGGUGGGUACAUGCAUAUUAUAAGCAGAUCCAGAUGCAGAGAUAAUAGCGCUGUCACCAAAGACCCUAAUGGCAACCAACAGGUUUGUGUGUGAAGUCUGCGGGAAAGGGUUUCAGAGGGAACAAAACCUCCAACUCCAUCGCCGAGGCCAUAACUUGCCUUGGAAACUUCGGCAGAAAACCAACAAAGACCAAGUCAAGCGCAAAGUCUACCUUUGCCCCGAACCAAGUUGUGUUCAUCACGAGCCGUCCAGAGCCCUCGGCGACCUCACCGGAAUCAAGAAACAUUACUCGAGAAAACACGGCGAGAAGAAGUAUAAAUGCGGGAAAUGCUCCAAGAAAUAUGCGGUUCAAUCCGACUGGAAAGCCCAUUCUAAAACUUGUGGUACCCGGGAGUACCGAUGCGACUGUGGAACCCUUUUCUCCAGGCGUGACAGUUUCAUAACGCACAGAGCAUUCUGUGAUGCACUAGCACAAGAAAGUGCGAGAAAUCCAGUGCCGUUGGGGAGCAUAAGCAGCCAUUUAUUCGGAGGAAGCAGCAACAUAAACUUGGGAUUAUCAUCACAACUAAGUACAGCCACCCAACAAGAUCACCAAACCGAUAUACUCCGCCUAGGAAGCACCACCGCAAGGAGUAGAAGUAGUACUACUACUACAACUGGACAACCAUUUCUAGAUCAUCAUCACAGUCUCAUUGGAAACUCAAUUGGAUCCGCAUUUCGUCCAUCUCAUCAUCCUCAUCCUCAUCAUCAAACCAUGGGUUCAUCUUCUUAUUUCAUGCCAUCAGAACCCGACCCGCAGCAGGACUAUCGCCACCACGAAAACAACACUAGCUCCUCACCACAUGGGCUGCUGUCAAACAAGCCACUCCGUGGCCUAAUGCAACUCGCCGACCUCGAAAACAACUCCUCCUCGUCAUCGGCCGGGCCAGGUUUAUUCAACCUCGCCUUCUUCCCCAACAACAACAACAACACCAAUGAUAAUCACGAGGCCGCCGGAGGCAGCAACGCGAGCAAUCUCUUGUUUUCAAGUCCGUUCAACAACAACGCUAACAAUGGGAAUGAAGGUGGUGGAUCGAGCUUGUUUUCGGAUAGUUUCGGGGGGCAUUUGGCAACAGCCGGAGGACUUUACAGUGCAUCACUUCAGAAUCCAAGUUCCAGCGCACAUUUAUCAGCAACAGCACUGCUUCAAAAGGCAGCUCAACUGGGUUCCACCACAAGCAACUCAAGCGCUUCCUUAAUGCUCAAAACAACAGCUUUCGGAAACAACAACAACCCAAAAUCAGAUCAACAAUUUGGUGGUGGUGGUGGUGGGAUAUUUGGAAACAACAAUAACAACCAACACAGGAGCCAUAUUGAGGAGAUGGUGAUGACAUCAAUGACAGGUUCGUUAGAAACCAGUUAUGCAAGACCUCCUCAAGAAAACCUAAGCGACUAUGGAUAUAGCAAUAACAACAACGUAAAAGUACUGGGCAGCUUUGGGGAUCAGCUUCACAGAAGCACGAGCUUUGGAGGAGGGCAGGAAGGUUUGACGCGGGAUUUUCUUGGAAUGAGACCAGCUGGAGGAGAGUUUGGGGAGAUUAGGGCUUUGGAUUCUGACAGAAGUAACAGUCCGGCGGGUGCAGCGGCGGCGGCGAGAAGCCCGUCUUUUGGCGGGGGAGGAGGAGUGAAUUACCAGUGAAGCCCAUCAUCGGAAGAUGGGAAGCAAAAAACAAAGUAAUGCGCGCGAAAAGGAAUCUAGGGAACGGUUGAAAAUCUAAAGAGAAAUUUAAAGUUUCCCAACCAGAGCCCGGUCCAAGGAUGUUCAUCAGAUGCUUGAAGAAUUGAAGACUUGGACGGUCGAGAAAAGAUGGUUUCAUGUUUAAUUUUGUAGUUCGGCAUUUUCUUACUUUCCUGUUUUUUUUUUUCUCCCUUUCUGUAGAGACUUGUUUUCUUGGGUUAAGAAUCAAAUAGUUGAAACCGUUUUACAUUCACCAAAGAAAAGAAAGGAAAAGAAAAGAUUACAACCUUUUGAGUUAAAGAGUCAGCCUAACUGUUGUUUGCCUUGCUCAACGCCCAGAAAAAAAAGAGAGGAAAAUUUUAACAUGUUUCCCUCCGGUUCAGCAUUUGUAUUUGGCUGUCUUAAAAACACAAAUUCCUAAGUUCUAACUAAAGGAAGGGCUGAGCUACAACGUCACAUUAUGCAACUCAAUCAUGAGCAAAUUUUUUCUGUUAAACAAUAACCAAUAUUUGGGUUCCUCGCCCCUGAUACAUCUUACAAUUCUAUUCCCUGUCUAUAGGGCUUUCUCGAAUGCUAAUAUGCGGAAAGCAAGAACUGUGCUUACUCCUAAAUCCUUUAUUUUCUAAGGUGGUGUUUUAGCCAAGCAAUAACGAUGAUAAUAUCUCCCCCAUUGUCUUAUCAGAUACUAUACCUUCAUCAUUUUCGACUUCUACUCCCGACUGUAAUACGGCAGCAUCCAGUGUUAACUUCCUCUUUGCAAUCUCAAAGACGUUUUCAUCAACUGUAUCCUUAGUCACUAACCUACAGUGAAAACAAAAUGAUGCAGAAUGAAUGCAUCAUAUCAAGCAGAGUUGAAACUUACUUGGACACGGAAUAAAUUUUGCAUAGAGGAUUGGUACCUGUAAAUUGUCACCGGUUUG